AUGCCCCCUACAGGAGUUCAGUCGCAGCAGCAGCAGCAGGAAUUUGUUCAUCCAGCUGCACAACAUGCUAAAAAGAAAGGAUCAUCUAUAUUCAUGAUAGAACCCAUAAAGGCACUUUACGUCUUCCUAAUUGUAAAUCUCAUAUCUGCUUUAUUUGCGCCCAUCCAAGAUUGCGAUGAGACCUUCAAUUAUUGGGAACCAACCCAUUACAUCUCUCAUGGCUACGGGUUACAAACUUGGGAGUAUUCACCAGAAUAUGCCAUCCGAAGCUGGUCUUAUAUCGGCUUGCACGCUAUAGUUAGUAAUAUCAGAAGAUUAUUACCCCAAACUACAAAGCUCUCCGAGUUUUACUUCGUUCGUUAUGUCUUGGCAUUUGUUUGCUCAUUAUGCCAAGUUCUCCUAUACCGUGUCAUCAGCUUCACCCUGAACCCUAGGAUUGGCCUCUUCUUUCUUAUCGCGACGGUUAUGUCUCCUGGAAACUUCCACGCCAGUACAGCCUAUUUACCCUCUAGCUUCGCCAUGUACACGUCCAUGCUUGGAACUGUUGCAUUCAUGAACUGGAGGGGAGGGCUUAAGACGUCAUGGGGCAUAUGGUGGUUUGCCGUUGGGGGCAUUCUGGGAUGGCCUUUCGCUUCAGCUCUGUGUGCCCCUUUCUUGAUCGAAGAGGCUAUCUUUGCGGUCCUAAACUAUCCCCAGAGCCUUUACGAUGCACUCCUCCGUGUCGGUAGAGGUGUAGUUGCCGCCUUAGUGCUUCUUGUCGGUGACACAGCCAUCAAUACUUUCUUCUAUAAGAAAAUUGAGGUUGUCUCUUGGAACAUCGUGAAGUACAACAUAUUCUCUUCUACGGGAGGACCGAACCUCUACGGAACAGAACCAUGGACCUUCUAUUUCAGAAAUCUUACCAUAAACUUCAACAUCUGGUUUAUUCUAGCCUUACUAUCUUUACCUCUGUUCCUUAUCCAAAAGGUUGUUUCUUCAAAGCAGCAUGGCUUUGGGACAGGGAUGCGUACGGUUGUAUUCCUCUCCCCCUUUUACAUGUGGCUUAGUAUUUUCUCUAUGCAACCACAUAAAGAGGAGCGGUUUAUGUAUCCUAUGUAUCCCUUUAUCGCUCUCAAUGCUGCCUUAGGGUUUCACAUUAUCUUGUCGGCCUUUGGCAAUCCCGACCCCAAAACCCUCGUCGGAAAGAUCCCAGCGCGCUUGAAGCUUUUCACUGUUGUGGGCGUGUUAUUCUUAUCGCUUGGCCUAGGUCUUACACGCAUUAUCGGAAUAUAUGCUGCCUACUCUGCACCUUUGAAGCUCUACGAACCGCUUGGGGCUGGGAUGAUUGGUCAAAAAGGUCUAGGUGGACGUGGAGAUUAUGUGUGUUACGGUAAGGAAUGGUAUCGGUUCCCGAGCUCUUACUUUUUACCUCGGGAUAUGCAUGCGAAAUUUAUUCGGUCAGAGUUCCGAGGAUUGCUACCUGGAGAGUUCUCUGAAGCACGAAUUGGAUUUGGCUUCUGGAGCGGUACCUGGUUACCUGCGAGCGGCAUGAAUGAUCGCAACGAAGAGGAUAUUGGCAAGUACGUGGACAUCAAAUCGUGCGAUUUCUUGGUCGACACGCAAUACCCGGAACAUGAUCACCCCCUACCGCCAAAUGAGCCGGAUUACAUCGCAGACAAAGAGAACUGGGACAUCGUUAAAUGCGAAGCGUUCCUUGAUGCGGCAAAUACACAUCUCCUUGCGAGAGUCUUAUGGAUCCCAGACUUAAAUUUCAUUCCGGAGAAAUUCAGAAGAAAAUGGGGACAGCACUGUCUAUUGCAAAGAAUAAAGCAAGUAGGGAACUCUACUCUCAAGUCCGAGUCUUGA